AUGAGUUGGAACGUCCGGGGCCUGAAUAAUCCAGCCCGGCGCUCUGUAGUACAGGACACGGCAAACACGCACCGCCUCGCCAUUCUCUGCAUCCAGGAGACCAAGCUUGAGGAGUGGAUGGCAGCGAUCGCUAGGGAAGUAGGUGGCCAAAGGCUUGACGACUGCAUUGUCCUGCCAGCUAAUGGCACAAGAGGAGGCGCUGCUAUUUUCUGGGAUUCGACCUCGGUCAGAAUCCAAUCCCAUGCGAUCGGCGAGUUCUCCAUCACGGCCAAGGUCACAGUUCUCUCCUCGGGAGCUAGUUUUUGGCUGACGACGGUCUACGGCCCAUCUGAGAGCGCGCGAAAGGACAUCUUUCUGGCUGAGCUAGUGAGAGGCGCCCCUCCCCGAGGAGAGCCCUGGCUCCUAAAUGGUGAUUUUAACAUCAUCUACGAGGCCCGCAACAAAAACAAUAGCAACAUAAAUAGGAGGAUCAUGCGUAAGUUUAGGGCGGCAAUCGACGCCGGUGGCCUGCGUGAGAUCAAAUGUAAAAAUAGGCGUUUCACUUGGAGCAGCGAGCGUCAAGAUCCAACUCUUGCGAGCAUAGACAAGUUUUUCAGCACAAUUGAGUGGGAGGUCAUGUUCCCUGAUUUCAUGCUACACGCGGCGUCCACCUCAUGCUCGGAUCACUGUCCGCUGCUCCUAGCUGCUGUUGCUGCCCCUAGGUUGGCGCCCCGGUUUCGUUUUGAAUCGUUCUGGCCAAGGUUCGCGCGCUUCCACGAGACGGUACAGCGAGCAUGGCAGCGACCAGCCCCAGCGGCCUGCGCGUUCGAUCGCCUGAACAUCAAAAUGCACCGGGUAGCUAGGGACCUCAAAAUUUGGAGUAGAUCGUUGUUUAGCGAUGCUAAAAUGCAGCUGCAGCUGGCCACGCUGGUAGUACUACGACUAGAUAUAGCGCAGGAACGCCGGCCGCUCACGCAGGGGACUAGACAGGGCCGAGCAAACACUAUUGACUGGAGCUACAUCGACAUGCCAAGGGUGCAAGGUGGUGGCCUAGACAAUCCGUUCACUGAGCAGGAAGUGUGGCAGGCGAUCAAGCAAUCAUCGGCGGAGAAAUCACCUGGCCCGGAUGGCUUCUCCGGGGUUUUCUUCAGAAGCUGCUGGCCAACCAUAAAAAGGGAUGUCAUGGAGGUUUUCCAUCAGUUCUACCACCUAGCCGGGGAAAAUUUCCAAAUGCUCAACAUAGUUGCUGUAGUUCUUCUUCCUAAGAAAGAUGGUGCCGCUGCAAUCAACGACUACAGACCGAUUAGCUUAAUACACUCUGUUGCAAAACUGAUCUCCAAAGUGCUCUCGCUCCGCCUUGCAACGUCCCUCCACUCUAAGAAGACUCCGGCCCUGCCACUCAAAUUAGACAACUCCAAGGCUUUCGAUAAUGUCUCUUGGGGUUAUCUGCUCGAGCUGCUCCAACAGUUAGGCUUUAGCGCGCGGUGGCGCAACUGGAUUGCCCUCCUCCUCUCCACCUCCUCAUCGACCUUCCUGCUCAAUGGCGUCGCCGGGCCGAAGAUAGUGCACCGAAAGGGGCUGCGGUAG